AUGCUGCUUUCUGCUCUACUUAUUUUUGUUCUAUAUCAAGGACAAACAUUUGAGGGAUUCUAUUUCCAUGCUCGAAUGGUCUCACCUACUAUUUCCAUUCGAGUUAAUGUGAUGCUUUUCACGUUAAUAGGGAUAAACAUAGCCGGCCUUGCAUUCACUAUUGCUCUGCAUAUUCUUACUCCAAAUCGUCAAACACGGAUGUCACUUUCUACGAAGUUUCAGUCAGCUGAAAAUUUGAUUGCGUCCAAGUUGCUCCUUUGCAUUUCUACACUUCAAUUCACGACUCUAUGUUUAUCACAAGGCGUACUAUUAUGCGUGAGAAUCUACGCAUCCGAAAGUUCUAUGUCGUUUGCACUAAAAGAAAUCACUGAUUUAUUCACCUACUACACUCUAGUGAUGCCUGCACUAUCAAGGCUCUACUUUGUUAAGAUGAAAGCGAAGGGACGAGAUGGUUGGAGAAACUACUCAACGGUAAUUCAAAAGCAGUGGAACUAA